GAAGAAAACCGACUAAGGCGGAGUUUUGGUUUAGGAGGGUCAAAGUUUUAUCCAAACAAACGGAGUAUUGAAGCCUGUUUACACCUUUAUCUUUUUUUAAAAGGCUUUUAAUCGAAACCUGAGCACUUAAACUACCAACCCAACAUCCUGCGGAGAGUACACAACCAAGUUGAAAUUUGACUGAGAAGUUAAAAACUGCUAUUAAUCGGCGAGCGGGCAAUUUGGAUUGACCAUGGUCCGUUGUUUGAGGUUUUUCACGGCAGUGGGUGACAACGACCACUCUGUCUCGAGGUGGCAUGACGAUGAACUACACAAAGUUAGUGAAGAGCUGGAGCCUGUAAAACAACCGGUCACAAAUCUGACUUUCAGAGAAGCUUUGAAACGUCUCUUUGGCUCUGAGAGAUUUCAGAUAGCCGUUGUGUGCUUGGUGAUCUUGGAUGCCGCAUUUGUGCUGUGUGAGCUGCUCUUAGACCUGUCUAUAAUUGAAGUAGACAAGCACCACAUCGCUCCACAGAUCUUUCAUUACCUCAGCUUGUCACUACUCACCUUCUUCAUGGUGGAGCUGUGCUUUAAGCUGUAUGCAUUUCGGCUCGAGUUUUUCCACCACAAGUUUGAGGUGUUUGAUGCGAUCGUCGUGGUCGUGUCCUUCAUCCUGGAUAUCGUGUAUAUCUCCCAAGAAAGCGCUUUCGAUGCCAUGGGCCUACUCAUCCUGCUCAGGCUGUGGAGGGUGGCCAGGAUCAUAAAUGGUAUUCUGUUAUCAGUGAAAAGUCAAGCUGAUCACAAAGUGAACAAGCUAAAAGAGGAAAAUAGUAAUCUCCAUGAGCAAAUCAGUGAAUUGGAACAGAACAAAUACACAUUGGACCAAGAGGUCAGCAGGCUGAGAACAAUCUUAACACAACACUCCAUCCAGUACUAGUGAAUGUUACUCACCAGCUGUAUGAAUAUACUUGUAAACACAACCCUCAUUAAGAAUGUGAGCCGACAAAGGGAAAUAUACUGGAAAAACAACUUA